AUUCCGACACGGGGAGACACUCCUACACAUGGACUCAAGCGCUUAUGGCCCAAAUCCUCUCCAAAAGAAGCCGCCGCCGAUGGGACGAGUCAGUCAUUUCUCGUUCCCGGGGCUCUCUCAAAGUCAAAGAGGAUUGCCUGCAACUGAGAAGAGAAACUUUGCCCGGCAUCUCCUUGGAGCCCAAUCUCGUGUCCCAGUUUCUCCAAGGAUGCAUCACCAACCAGUCCCUCAAACCAGCGCAACAGCUCCACGCCGCCAUCAUCACUACUGGCGCAGCAUCCGAUCGCUUCACCUCCAAUCACCUCCUCAACAUGUACGCCAAGCUCCGACAACUUCCAACCGCCUCCGCCCUAUUCAAAACCAUGGCCCACAAGAACAUCAUGUCCUCCAACAUCCUACUCGGCGGCUUCAUUCAAAACGAAGACCUCGAAGCUGCACGUCAACUGUUCGACGAAAUGCCUGACAGGAACGUAGCCACGUGGAACGCCAUGGUCACGGGUAUGGCUCAAUAUGGAUUCAACACAGAGGGGCUGGAAUACUUCGCUCGCAUGGGAAGGCAGGGAUUUCGACCCGACGAGUUCGGCUUAGCCAGCGCCUUGAGAUCAUGCGCGGGGCUUAGAGAUAUCGCAUCCGGCCAACAGGUUCAUGCCUGCGCUGUUGUAUGUGGGUACGAAACGGACCCUUGUGUUGGGAGUUCUCUGGCUCACAUGUACAUGAAAUGUGGACGCCUCGAGGAGGGCGAGGGAGUGUUUAAAGCAAUGCCGAUGCUCAAUGCGGUCUCCUGCAACACCAUAAUCACGGGCAGAGCGCAGAACGGGGACGCGGAAGGCGCAGUAGACUACUUCAGCUGCAUGAGAAGAGCGGGACUGAAGCCGGACCAAGUUACAUUUGUGAGCGUCAUAAGCUCGUGCUCCGAUCUCGGCAUACUGGCACAGGGCCAGCAAGUUCACGCGCAGGCGAUUAGGAAUGGAGUCGAUGCGGCGGUGCCCGUGAGGAGUUCGCUCAUAAGUAUGUACUCCAAAUGCGGCUGCCUGGUUGAUUCGGCUCGUGUUUUUCGUGAAUCAAAUGAUGCUGAUAGGUUGGACCUCGUACUAUGCAGUGCGAUGGUCGCGGCUUAUGGGUUCCACGGACGAGGGCAAGAGGCCAUCGAGUUGUUUGAGAGGAUGGUCAGUGAUGGGAUCGAACCAAGUGAAGUGACGUUCUUGAGCUUGCUGUAUGCCUGUUGCCACAGUGGAUUGAAGGACAAGGGUAUGGAGUAUUUGGAGCUCAUGUGUAACAGGUAUUCGAUGAAACCCACUCUGAGGCACUACACUUGUGUCGUAGAUCUCCUCGGUCGAUCAGGUUGUCUGGACAAAGCGGAAGCUCUGAUUAAAUCUAUGCCUGUCAGUGCCGACGCUGUCAUAUGGAAGACAUUGUUGUCCGCCUGUAAAACUCACAAGAAGGUGGAGAUGGCGGAGAGGGUGGCGGAACACGUACUUCGAUUGGAUCCUCAGGAUUCGGCGUCUUAUGUCCUGCUUUCCAAUAUUCGUGCCACCAAAGAGAAAUGGGAUGAUGUCUCUGAUGUUAGGAGGGCUAUGCGUGAGAGGCGAGUGAGGAAGGAGCCCGGGAUCAGUUGGGUAGAACUUCAGGGUGGGGAAGUGCAUCAGUUUGCAACGGGAGGUAGGUCGCACCCAAAACAGAGGGAAAUCAAUAGGUUCUUGGACGAACUAAUAAGCAAGAUUAGGGAGUUUGGAUACGUUCCAGACAGGAGUAUGGUUUAUCAUGACAUGGAGGAUGAGGAGAAAGAGUUCAGUUUGGCUCAACACAGUGAGAAACUGGCCAUCGCAUUCGCCCUUCUCAUUAUGCCUCCUGAGACCCCUAUUAGAGUAAUGAAAAAUUUGAGAGUAUGUGAUGACUGUCAUGUCGCGAUCAAAUUCAUUUCCAGGAUUACUGAGCGCGAGAUUGUGGUGAGGGACGUCAGUCGGUUUCAUCACUUCAGGGAUGGGGAAUGUUCAUGUGGGGAUUACUGGUGAUUUGAAUGAAUGGCUCACUGAAUACUUCAAUCUUUGCUAGAAAAUGAAUAAAUCACAAACAUUGUGAUCCAGCCUUGUGAUCGUAAUUUGUAACGCAUUUUUUUUUUUUCUGCACAACAAGAAGAGAUGCAAUGGCUUGUCUGCAAUGAUAUUUUUUUUUCUUCACUUUCUGAUAAACAAAUAAUCUUUCAUGUCUCA